ACCCCGGAGCCCCGGCUCCCGGAGGGAACUGCACUUCGGCGGAGUUGAAUGAAUGAAGAGAGCAGAGAAGGAGAUCUGACGGGUUGGAUUCCCAAUUGCUUUUUUAAAAAUCUUGGAAACUUUGUCCUUCGUUGAAUUACGACACUGUCCACCUUUAAUUUCCUCGAAAACUCCAAUAACUCGGCUGAAGCCAUGCCUUGUGUUCAGGCGCAGUAUGGGUCCUCGCCUCAAGGAGCCAGCCCCGCUUCUCAGAGCUACAGUUACCACUCUUCGGGAGAAUACAGCUCCGAUUUCUUAACUCCAGAGUUUGUCAAGUUUAGCAUGGACCUCACCAACACUGAAAUCACUGCCACCACUUCUCUCCCCAGCUUCAGUACCUUUAUGGACAACUACAGCACAGGCUACGACGUCAAGCCACCUUGCUUGUACCAAAUGCCCCUGUCCGGACAGCAGUCCUCCAUUAAGGUGGAAGACAUUCAGAUGCACAACUACCAGCAGCACAGCCACCUGCCCCCUCAGUCCGAGGAGAUGAUGCCGCACUCCGGGUCGGUUUACUACAAGCCCUCCUCGCCCCCGACACCCAGCACCCCGGGCUUCCAGGUGCAGCAUAGCCCGAUGUGGGACGACCCGGGGUCUCUUCACAACUUCCAUCAGAACUACGUGGCCACCACGCACAUGAUCGAGCAGAGGAAGACACCUGUCUCCCGACUUUCACUCUUCUCCUUUAAGCAGUCGCCCCCGGGCACUCCUGUGUCUAGCUGCCAGAUGCGCUUCGACGGGCCUCUGCACGUCCCCAUGAACCCGGAGCCCGCGGGCAGCCACCACGUAGUGGAUGGGCAGACCUUCGCCGUGCCCAACCCCAUUCGCAAGCCGGCAUCCAUGGGCUUCCCUGGCCUGCAGAUCGGCCACGCGUCGCAGUUGCUUGACUCGCAGGUGCCCUCGCCGCCGUCCCGGGGUUCUCCCUCCAACGAGGGUCUCUGCGCCGUCUGCGGUGACAACGCAGCCUGUCAGCACUACGGUGUUCGCACUUGUGAGGGCUGCAAAGGUUUCUUUAAGCGCACGGUGCAAAAAAACGCGAAAUACGUGUGUUUAGCAAAUAAGAACUGCCCAGUGGACAAACGCCGCCGAAAUCGCUGUCAAUACUGUCGAUUUCAGAAGUGCCUGGCUGUUGGGAUGGUUAAGGAAGUGGUUCGUACUGACAGUUUAAAAGGCCGGAGAGGUCGUUUACCCUCGAAGCCGAAGAGCCCACAGGAUCCCUCUCCCCCCUCACCUCCGGUGAGCCUGAUCAGUGCCCUCGUCAGAGCCCACGUCGACUCCAAUCCGGCUAUGACCAGCCUGGACUAUUCCAGGUUCCAGGCAAACCCUGACUAUCAGAUGAGUGGAGAUGACACCCAACAUAUACAGCAAUUCUACGAUCUCCUGACUGGCUCUAUGGAGAUCAUCAGAGGUUGGGCCGAGAAGAUCCCUGGCUUUGCUGAUCUCCCCAAAGCUGAUCAAGACCUGCUUUUUGAAUCAGCUUUCUUAGAAUUAUUUGUUCUGCGAUUAGCGUACAGGUCCAACCCAGUGGAGGGUAAACUCAUCUUUUGCAAUGGGGUGGUCUUGCACAGGUUGCAAUGCGUGCGUGGCUUUGGGGAAUGGAUUGAUUCCAUUGUUGAAUUCUCCUCCAACUUGCAGAAUAUGAACAUCGACAUUUCUGCCUUCUCCUGCAUUGCUGCCCUGGCUAUGGUCACAGAGAGACACGGGCUCAAGGAACCUAAGAGAGUGGAAGAACUGCAAAACAAAAUUGUAAAUUGUCUUAAAGACCACGUGACUUUCAAUAACGGGGGCUUGAACCGACCCAACUAUCUGUCCAAACUGUUGGGGAAGCUCCCAGAACUCCGCACCCUUUGCACACAGGGCCUCCAGCGCAUUUUCUACCUAAAACUGGAAGACUUGGUACCGCCACCAGCAAUAAUUGACAAACUUUUCCUGGACACCUUACCUUUCUAAGAUCUUCUCCCAUGCACUUCAAAAGACCUGGAAAGAAAAAACAUCCAGAGGGGGCUGGUCACAUGGGCUGAGAGCUGGCUAAAAAGUCCAGUGUAUGUCAUCUCCCCCCUGUAGACCCCUAGCCCCAUCCAUACAGUAAACAACAAACAAACAAACAAACAAACACUGUCGCUAUUUCCUAACUUGCAGGCAGAACCUGAAAGGGCAUUUUGGCUCCGGGGCAUCCUGGAUUUAGAAAAACGGACACCACACAAUCCAGUGGUAUAAACUUUUUAUUAUCAGUUCAAGAUCAGUUUAUUGUUCAGAAGAAAGAUUGCUAAUGUAUGAUGAGAAAUGUUUGGCCAUGCUUGCUUGUUGCAGUUAAGACACAUGUUUUACACACACACACACACACACACACACACACACACACACACACACACAAAACCCUUAA